UCGUUCAGUUUCCACACGUCAUGUAAACAUUCGAGAUUGUUGAUUGCAUGCCUGAUCAGUGUGUACCGAAUGCAUGUACGCUGUGUACGUGUUGGUCCUAUGUGAGUCUGCCAUGCAAAGGACCCGAGUUUGAGCCAACAUGUCGGGGAUUUUUGAAGAUCGUGAGCUGACAGAAGAAGGGAACACGACACCAGAGAGCGUCUCAUACGGACUGUCAACAGCCUCUGAGUUCAUAGCCAACUAUGGAUGGUUCAUUCUCUUUGGUGUGAUAGGUUUAGUUUUUAUCAAUAACUGGCUGGAUACAAGACUACAAGGAUGGAAAAAACAGAGAAGCCAGGAAUCAAAUCUCAACAAAUACAAUGCGAAUGAAGUAUUAGAGAGACAGGAAGCCUUGGAGAGAGCAAGACAAAGACUACAGGCCCAGUAUGAUGCUGAGGCUGAAGAAUAUCUUCAGAAACAGAAAGAGAAAGAAGAGGAGAAGAGAAAGGAGGAGAUAGAAGACUGGGAGCGUCAUCAGAAAGGUCUUGGUUACAAAUCAAAAAAGAAAGCUCAGGAGGAAGCUGAGGAAGCGGAAGCCCGUGGAGCGAGUCGAGAGAAUAAACCUAAGAAAAAACUCCGAGAUGAUUACAACCCACUAUGGGGUGGACAAGGUUCAGGAUUCCGGCCGGCACCUAGACGAGGAUUCAGCGGAGGUGGAUGAGGUUAAAGGUCGUACACAGGUCAUUCAGAGGUCACACAGUAAUCCAGUCAUACUUCAUCAAAUACAUGUAUACCCAAAACAGCUGUAGUGAAUAUGUAACAUCCACAUACUGUAACAUACAUUAAAGGUCAAGUCCACCUCAGAAAAAUUUUGAUUUGAAACGAUAGAAAAAAAUCAGACAAGCACAAUGCUGA